UCCGGCUGAGUUGUCGCGAUGAUGGGCGCUUGCUUGUAACAUCACUCUCCCCCAUAACCGUCGACGACAAUCUCUCCGAAUCUGAAUUGUCCCGAAGUUGUGCUGGACCUCUGAAUAAGAUUCCGGCGUUUUCUUCUGAGCAUUUUGGCCUCGAAAGUUCGAUGGAGAGACCCCUGGGUGCUCGUCCACCUCCACCUUCCAACGAUCGAAAUAGGGCCUUUGAAUCUAUCUUUGGCAGGCCCAGUGCCGUUCAUCAUCUAGCACCCCCUCAGCGCCACCAAUAUGCCCCUAGUUACUCUGUUCCGGUCCCUUCAGGUCGUUCCCCUUCACCAUCGGGCUACCCGGUCGCCCAGCAGCCUGAUUCUCGACAACCUUACUCUUACCCUCAAAAUUAUAAUCAACCGCAUACUCUCUAUCGUGCGCAGACGGUAGGGCCUGGGUUGAUGGGUGAUCCGUCUGUUCAAUACGGUGUAAAUGCCUACAGUGGUGAUCCAAGAACCCACCCACAAUACACUCAGGCAUCCUAUGGGGCUGGCGCUCACAGCAAUUCGCCACCAUCGCAACACGGUACUAGUUCCAGACAGUCCAUGCAAAGUCUUCGGGGUCCUGGUGUUAUUACACAUCGUUCGUCCGACGGUGCCGAUUUGGUUCACACCACAUCAGCAAUCACUCCCGCUCAGGCGUAUCAAGCGCAAAUCUACCCAUCCUUGCAUGCUCCCCCUAGGCCGAUUGAGUUGCCACCUGGUACAGCACCAACUGCAUGGUACAACAAUGGCCACGCGCAACCCGCAUCUUCGCAACCGCAUUCAACAUCCACAAACACCCAUUCAUCCAUGAACUUUCAAUCCCAGACCCCUACACCUCAACCACCUGCAAACUUAUUGCUUACCCUCGGAACUUCAUUGCCGCCUGGGAUGAAUGGCUAUGUGACACAUUCGAUAGAACGCACUGGAGCGGCUCAAUCAGCGCCGUCGCAUAAAUCUCAGCCUUCUGUAGAUUCAGAUGUGACGUCCAUUGCAGAGUCCGCCCGAACUCGUCCAACGCCCGGUUCAAUGCGAGUUGACACCUCCGUUGUUCCCCACAUGCUGUCAUCAUCAACAGCGCACAUGAACGACAUGCGACAAUCAGGUGGUCGUCGGUCCAACGACUCUGCACACACCGUUCCAUAUUCAACCAUGCAGAGCAGGGUGACGGGGUAUGACGGAUCCAUAACGACCCGACAUCGCUCAUCCACCUCGACAAGCGGUCCCAACCGACCCAUGUCUGUGCCAUCCUCCCCGGCUUCCACUACACGUACCAACAGCAGCAAGCCAAUGCCUCCGCUACCUCGUAUGCCUCCUACGCGCCGGCCACCUCCCGUCUAUGCUGCUCUCCUGUCCAAGGUCGCAGAAGCAUUCCGCGAGCGCAUCACACCAUCUUUGUCUGGGCGCGUUAAGAAUGAUCUAACGUAUAAAGAUGCGUUUGACGGUCGUGAGGCGGUAGCUAAAAUUGCCGAAAUAAUCCGGACGACGGAUCGGAACCUGGCACUACUUCUCGGAAGAGCCCUCGAUGCGCAGAAAUUCUUCCAUGACGUGACCUAUGAGCAUCGGCUGCGCGAUAGCGUUAGCGAAAUAUACCAGUUCAAGGGUAGCGUCCCAACACCUUUCAUGGAUGUGGAUGGCGACAAGACGGCGACCGGCGCUCCGAGCAAGGACACAUCCCCGCAAGACAUUGGCACUGGUUCUGCUGGGCGUGAUGCUCAUAGCGUCCAUGGAUCUUUUGCCACGACUUCCACGAGUGAAGGAACCUUCACUACCGUCGACAACCAUCGCAGUGUCCGACCUCUCCCUGUACCUCUGACAAGGCAAGCGCAACAUAAAUCCCUUUCUUCUUCCUCUGUUACCACAUCCGAAAAUACCCAUUCUUCUGGUCUCCUUUCACCAGACUCUGUAACAACUACCUCAUCUGUACCCUUCCCGCCCGACGCCAGCCCCACAGACUCCAAAACCGAGGAACACGAAGAGCUCACCAUUGGGCCAUCGCCACGCCAACGCACCGAGUCUGUGUCUUCAUCAGAGGAUGCCCCUCUUCCAUCUGGCGUUUUUACGCUCCUUACAGAUUGUUACUCCCCAACUUGCACGAGGGAUCGGCUUUGUUACAGUAUUGCUUGUCCAAGGAGAUUAGAGCAGCAAGCAAGGCUGAAUAUGAAGCAGGAAACGGUCCUGAAGAGGACAAUCAGCAAAGAAAGCCUGAAUGAUGUUCCGGAGCCUGGUACCCUAUGGAUCCAUACUGUUUCUAAAGAGCUUGCGGACAGUUUGUCAGAUCGCGAGAAGAAGCGGCAAGAAGCCAUUAACGAGGUCAUGUAUACGGAGCGAGACUUCGUGCGUGACAUGGAAUACUUACGUGAUAAAUGGAUGCGACCUCUGAGCACUCGUAAUAUCAUUCCUGAGCCACAACGGCCGGACUUCGUGGCGCAACUUUUUUGGAAUUUGAACGACAUCAUUACGGUCAACACUCGUUUACGUGAUGCCCUUAACAAACGUCAGAAACGGAGUGCAAUCGUCGAAUCUAUAGGAGACGUCUUCUUUGAUGUUGUUCCACAAUUUGAACCGUUCGUCAUCUACGGCGCCCACCAGCUCUAUGGAAAGUUUGUGUUCGAAAAAGAGAAGAGUUCUAAUCCCGCUUUCGCACAAUUCGUGGAUGAGGUGGAGCGGCUGCCGGAAUCGAGGAAGCUCGAGCUAAACGGCUAUUUGACGAAGCCUACCACCCGUCUUGCGAGGUAUCCACUCUUGUUAGAGGCUUGUCUUAAGCUGACUCCGGAUGACCAUCCGGACAAGACAGCCAUUCCGAAAGCAGUAAAAAUCAUUCGAGAGUUCCUCGGCAGAGUGAACGUGGAAAGCGGGAAGGCGGAAAAUAGAUUCAAUCUCCUACAGCUUCAUCAACAACUCGUGUUCCGCCAAGGAGAACCCGAGGAUCUGCGCUUACUUGAUGAAAACCGCGAGCUGAUUUACAAAGGGCAACUGAAAAAAGAGAGCACAGAUUUGCAACUUUUUUUGUUUGAUCAUGCAUUGUUGAUUGUCAAGGCGAAGACUAAACACGAACAAUAUAAAGUCUUUCGAAAGCCAAUACCCCUCGAGCUUCUGAUGAUAUGGCCAUCUUCCGAGGACCCAUCCACUCUCCGUGGGGCAAACCGACCAAGAUCUGCUCUCAUGUCAGGGCGAAGUUCUGGCACCAAGUCAACACUUGGGGUGCACCCGAUGGCCACCCAACCCUCAACGAAACCGGACCCUAAGGGAGGCUUCCCUAUCACAUUUAUUCACCUUGGGCGGAAGGGGUAUACAUUGACACUCUGGGCGAGUACAUACAUUAGCCGGGAGAAGUGGAUGGAUCAUAUCUUCAAGCAACAAGAAAACCUGAGGGACAGAAGCACCAUCCUUGAACCACAGGUGAUCAGUCAAAAUUUCUUUGGCGGCUCGAACAGGGUGAAUUGCGCGGCCCCUCUGAACCAUGGUAGACGUAUCGUAUAUGGAACGGAUGAUGGAGUGUAUUUCACUGAUCUCCGAGAACCGCUUCGAGAACCCGUCAAGAUGCUUGCUUUGGUGGAGGUCACCCAAGUAGAUGUGCUGGAGGACUAUCAGUUACUAAUCGUGCUUUCGGAACGAACCGUCAUGACCUUCCCACUUGAGGCCCUUGAUCCUAGGGACCCUACUGCAGGCCUGAAACGUGCUAAACGAGUCUCUUCACACACGUCUUUUUUCAAGGCUGGCAUGUGUCUAGGCAGAAUGCUUGUUUGCGUUGUGAAAGCGAGCGCACUCUCCACUACAAUAAAAACGUUGGAACCUAUUGAUCAGAACCAACGCGGCAAGAAUAAGCCUACCUUCAAGAAGCUUCUGCAGGGGGGCAACGAUACUUUACGGGUGUUUAAGGAAUUUUACAUUCCGGUUGAGUCAAGCUCAAUACAUUUUUUGCGUACGAAGCUUUGUGUUGGAUGUACCAGGGGCUUUGAAAUCGUGGAUUUAGAGACGUUGGAUGCUCAGGGUCUUCUGGAUCCUAAUGAUACUUCCCUUGAUUUUGUUCAGAAGCGGGAGAACGUCCGUCCGAUGGCUAUCUAUCGUGUCGACAACGAAUUCUUGCUUUGCUAUGAAGACUUUGCGUUCUACAUCAACAAGAAUGGAUGGCGAUCAAGAGCUGGGUGGAUCAUUCAUUGGGAGGGGACACCUAAAGCGUUUGCCCUUCAUUAUCCCUAUGUUCUUGCGAUUGAUCCCACAUUCAUCGAAAUACGCCAUGUUGAGACUGGUUUAAUGGCGCAAGUUAUUCCAGGAAUCAACCUUACCUGCCUUUUUGCCGAUACUCCCCCAUCCACCAACACUGCGACGCUGCAGUAUGGCCAUCCUGGUCCCUAUGGCAGCAUCGGCACGAACUCAUCCCGACAGGCCGGAUACAGUUAUGGCCCACCGCAACACUCACAAUUCUAUGGUCGACGUGACCCUCACGUCCGAGACGACAUAAUCCUGUUGAUGGAUGAUCGUGUUGUCUCGUUACGAUUUUCGCCUGCUUACAUUCCCCCCGUUUCCUCGAGACCUCCUCUUUCUCCUGCACACACAUCUAAUGCUCAUCCACCCUCGAACUAUCCCGGCGUGCCUCGAUGAGCACACUGAGCCCAAAUGAAAGAUCUUGAUCCCUCUUGCCUUGGUUUUCGUCCAAUAUCCACAUAGUUUUCGUUAUUUUCCUUCACGCCUUCUGGUGCUCCAUUGAUCUCGGUUUCUGUGACGACCCUUAAUUGUACGAGUUGUUGUGAGGGUUAUUCCCACGGAAUGUUCUUGCCAUGUACUUAAGUCCGAGCAUUGAUUAUAGUUCCUGUGUUAAAUCCGCU